AUGGAGUGUCUACCCCUGGAGCUAAAGCAUUCAAUCGCUGGAAUAGUUCGCGAUGUGUCGUGGGAAACCCUGCGGGCUUUAUCACAGGUGAACCGCCAGUGGAACCAGAUUACGGCACCGAGUCUCUAUAAAGAUCUUACUCUCCGCCUGAAGUCGGACGAGCCACCUCACCGUGUGCUUCAGUUGUUAGACGCCACUCUUGUCUUGCCGCAUAUUAGAUAUCUCACCCUCGUGGAUCCCACCUCCUCGAACUUAGGUAAAACCGACGUAGGGAAGUAUCUCAAUGAGACGCGCCCCGAGAAUAUCGAUGUCCCUCCCAUACUGCGUGGAUACAAAGGGGAUUGGGGCCCAGUUAUCUCCCUCCUCCAACGGUUGGUGUAUACCCUAGCAGAGACUCAUCCAGACUGUCACGUUUCGGUGUUCUCCGCCAGCCCCGAUACCUACCGAGCGGGUAUCACACAAAAGAAAUGGAUCCACUCUACCGUGGUGAAGGCCGCUUGGAUCGUUUACUAUGAACAUUCCAGAGGCCAAUUCUUCGCCGAACACCCGGAUCGCCUUCUGCGGAACAUUCUCCGUCAAGCGCCGGGGAUCAAGCGUCUGACGUUGCAGAUCAGCGCCACGCCGGGCCCCAGCUCCUGUCAGCGGAACACCAAGUGGCUGCAGGCCCAGCCGUCGGAGGACGAGGUCAAUAUCCAUCCACGCGCGCAAUUGGAAAUGCUUUCAUUCCCAUUGAUAAGCAAGAUGACCGCGCAGAACCUGCAGGCCUGGUCCCGGGUUACCGAUCUAAGAUACCUCGCCGCGUGGACCGCCGGUGCCAUCGAGGACAUCACCCUCUUAACAACCAUAGCCCAACUGCAGCCCUUCCGGGCCCUAAAGCGACUAAGCCUCGCCCUGAACCCCCCAGAAACCUCUCCUACCUGGCUCUCAACAGUUAAAGCCAUGUUCAACGCCCUCCCGCCCUUAACCUAUCUCUGCCUGCUGGGGUCCUACCACCCAGAAUGGCUCCCUACCGCUAUCCUGGAUCGCCACGGCCUAACGCUAAACGAGCUGCAGCUGCACAGGCCCCGACCCCGGUUCCAGAACUACGAGCCCUACCGACUCGUGCGGCGGGGGCAAAUUGCUCCGAUCUUCCCUGCGGACGUGAUCGCCAACAUGGCGGCCCACUGCCCUGUCCUACAGACGCUGCGGAUCACCGUGCAACGGUACCGGGGCCACCCAACCGAGACGGCCGCUUACGAUGCUCUGGGCCGUUUCCCAGCCCUCCACACACUGGACCUUCACCUCAACUGCCUACCCGUCAUGAUCUCAGGCUACGAGACCCCAUUUCCCCCACGGGAGCUCACUGCUGCGUUCGACGAAGCGCUAGCUACAGCGAUCUUUAUGCGCAUCCGGGGCCAAAAAACGAGGAGAUCCCUCCGAGUGCUCCGACUGCACCCCCUAUCAGGCGAGAUUGGGCAGUAUCAGCGAACGCCGGGCAUCACGGGCCAUGUGCUGCUCGGAGGCGGCGAUUACCACCGGGAGAUGGGUGGCGCGUGGCAGGUCGAGUGGGAUGGGGCCAACAAAAUGCGGGCGGAAAACCGCUUCAAGCCGAAACGCAAACGGGGCGAGACGAUGCGCAGCAUGGAUUUGGAGAUAUUCGAGUCUAUUUGGCCGUCGGAUCGAGAAGAAAAGACCUGGCCUAUUAAAUGGCGUAGCUGGCCGUUGCAGUGA